UCCCGGUAGUGGGUGCAGGCUGUGAAAGCAUGGCAGCUGCUGUGACCCAGGUGGUGUCAUCUCUGACUGCAGACUCAGCCGCAGACGCUGCAGGGACAGCCGCGACUCCUGUAGCUGCAGCCGCAGCGGUGGCGGCCCCGACCGGAUCGCAAGCCCAGGUCUCCAAGGCCGCCCUGGCUGCGAAGCUGCUGUCGCUCAGCGGCGUCUUCGCCGUGCACAAGCCCAAAGGGCCCACUUCAGCCGAGCUGCUGAACCGGCUGAAAGAGAGGCUGCUGGCAGAAGCUGGAAUGCCUUCCCCGGAAUGGAACAAGAGGCAAAGGCAGACCCUGAAAAUUGGACAUGGAGGGACGCUGGACAGCGCCGCCCAAGGUGUUCUGGUGGUUGGGAUUGGAAGAGGAACAAAAAUGCUGACCAGUAUGUUGUCGGGAUCCAAGAGAUAUAUUGCCAUUGGAGAAUUGGGGAAAGCCACCGACACUCUGGAUUCUACCGGGAAGGUAACCGAUGAGAAGCCGUACGAUAAAAUAACGCAAGAAGAUAUUGAAGGCAUUCUGCAGAAGUUUACUGGGAAUAUAAUGCAAGUACCCCCACUCUAUUCUGCAUUGAAGAAGGAUGGGCAGAGGCUGUCAACGCUAAUGAAGAGAGGUGAAGCUGUGGAGGCCAGACCCGCCAGGCUAGUGACUGUGUACGGCAUCUCCCUCCUGAGAUUCCAGCCACCGCUCUUCACGCUGGAUGUUGAAUGCGGAGGCGGCUUCUACAUCAGAAGCUUGGUCAAUGACAUUGGCAAAGAACUCUCCUCCUGUGCCCACGUGCUGGAGCUGACCCGCACCAAGCAGGGGCCGUUCACGCUUGAAGAGCACGCCCUCCCCGAAGACAGGUGGACCAUUGAUGACAUCGCACAGUCCCUCGAACACUGCACAUCUCUUUUGCCAGACGAAUCGGCAUCUAAAAAACCAAAAUCUGAGAAAUGCAGUGACCAGGCUUUAAGCUAUGAAUGCAUAACUCUAAGGGAGACAAAGAGAGAAGAGGAUCAAAUUAAGACACUCUGAGGCCGGCCUGGGAGGAUUGCUUCCUGUUGGUGUGUGUGCCCUGACCCAGGGAUGGCCAGCCCUUUGCAGGGUGCCUUAGUGUUGCUGAACGAUGACUGUGAUUGGAUUCAGAUGAAUCAGCUUUCUGAAUUUGAUCUUUCCUUAGUCUUUUUCGUAUGAAAAAGUAAACAAUUUUCUAAUUACAGAAGACAGGUAGUCCUGUUAAGUCUCACAGACAUACCGAGUGUCACGUUUGCUUUGUUUAAACUGCCAAGGGCUUCCAUUGUUCUGAAAUUCCUUGGGUGUACCUGAAGUGUUCAGUAUUGAAUUGCUCCGUGUGUUUGCGGAGCUCAUGGCUGUUGGGAAGCACGGAACUGACGGACUGCCCUCAUCUGUGGCUGUUUUUUAGAUCUUGAAAAUGAGUAUGGUUUCCUAAUAAACAUUUGCAAAUGCACAAACUUCUGUUCUGUCCCAGCAGAACGCAAUAGGUCCACACGUGCUGAACCUCAUCUCCUGUGCAGAGCUCAGCUCCUGUAGCUGUGUAUUGUGGCAGCUGUUUCUGUGGUCAACCACACCGUAUCAAAUGACUAAAACUGUGAUUUUUAGGUUAUACACUAAAGAAUGUAUCUUGGAUUAAAGUUCUUGCCUGCCUGCUCAUUUGUGUGUGUGUGCACGUGCAUGCACGUGUGUCUGUCUGUGGAACAGUCGUCCCCGUGACAUCUGUGGUUAUUUACUCCUUUGGGUGAUAUUGUGGCAUGGAGAGAGCAGCCCAGCAUCAUCAGCUCCCCUACAACUCUCAGAUGCUUGUUUUGUGGGGCUUCAGGAAGUUCUCGCCCCUUUUAAUAUGAUCUCGGGAAUGUGAUCACUUCUAAAAACAGCAGAUCUGGUGGAGCUGGAGAAGUGGCUCCGAGGCUGAGAGGCCUCAUGGCCUUUCCCGCACACCCCAGAGUUUAGGUCCAGGCACCCAUGUCAGGUGGCUCCUGCUCCUCAAGCCCAAAGAGACUCAACGCCCACUUCUGUCCUAGUGGGCACCCAUGAGCACACAUGCCCCCCCCCCAGAUAGAAUCCUUACUUUAGACGGUAUAUAAAUUAACCCAGGAUGACUCACUCACUCUGCAGCCAGGGCUCCUCCUGUUUCUGCUCCCAAGUGCAGUGACUAUAGACAUGCGCCGCUGUGUCAUGCAGGGGUGUAAUAGACUGUGCGGAUGUGACAACAUUAAGGUCUUCAUUUCCUAGAGUAUCCUUUCAAAGGAAGAGUUAUUAAACAUUUCAUAAAAUACAAAUUUUUUAUACUUUUUGGAUUGCCAUUCUUUUUAAAGGUUGUUGCCUCCAACAAAAAAUAAAUAAAUAAAUGAACAGACCAAUGAAUGGUCUUAUCCUGGUUACUGUAAUAUAAACUUAAUAUAAAAGUCACAUGCUUCAACACAGCGUCCCCAGCAUAUUGGCAAAUUUAUAAUAGAAACGUUAAAACUAAUUCUGGGCAGGUAAGACGGCUCAGAGGUAAGAAAGAUAUUUGCCCCUCUCCCCACGUCUGAUAAAAUUGAGUUUGGAUCCCUGGGCAACCUUUGUGAAGCAGGAGAGAAUGGCUCCAGCAAGCUGUCCACAUCUGCUCUGCAGUGUGUGCAACACACACACACAUUAAAAAAUGACAGAGAUUUUUAAUUUAAAAUAAACAAAAAUAGUACUGACAUCAUGGUAAAUUUGUAAAUUAGAAGUUUUGUAAUUUUGAGCCAGGUGUCACAGGGCAAGCUUUGAUCCAGGCACUUGAGAGGCAGAGGCAGGUGGAUGUCUGUGAGUUCCACUUGUAGUGGCCCUCGAUUUAUGUACGCAAAGGUGGAGGUAGAUCCCGCUGCCCGGUAGGACGGCACAGGCCGCGUAUAGUGUCUUCCUGAACAGCCGGAGUCUGAACAGACCGCCCAACUGAGCGAUUCUUGUCUCUUUCCAUCUAAACUUUACACACAACCUCUUCUCGUAGGAAAGAGUAGACCUUAGCAAAUAAGUUCUAGAAAUGGUAGCCAGUCUUUUCCUUUUGUUUGAAAAUGCUGAGGAAAACUGCAGUGUCUCCCACCCUAAUGCAGCCAUUGUGGACUUUAUUUUCAUAUUGUGUUUCCCUUUUAACUUACAUAACCCAGGCGCCUAUGCAGUGAUUGACUUCUCGUGUGAUUUUUGUCUGAGUGUGUUCAGUCUUCACGACCAUCUCAGUCACGUGGCUCUCCGCUCCAUCCAUCUAAAAUACUCCCCCCGUUGGGCGCAUCUAAGAGCUGUUCAGUUCUCUAGGACGCAAGCCUAAGGCGUGGCUGCCCUGGACCAGUUUUGUGGUUCCCAGGCUUGCAGCAUUUGUAGCCUCACCGUUUGUUUGGGAUUUUAUACAUUGUUGCUGAAGUUUGUCUGCUUUUGUGUGAUUUGUCUUUAUACUCUGUUCAUUCGUAUAAAUAAAUGUCUUGAUGCUUUCUUUA